AUGCCUCCCACAAAGAAGGAUGGUGAGAAGAAGGGCUGUUCUGCCAGCAGUGAAGUAGUGACCAGAGAAUACAGCAUGGGCAUUGACAAGUGUAUCCAUGGAGUGGGUUUCAAGAACUGUUUCUCCCCAGCACUCAAAGAGAUCCGGGAAUCUGCCAUGAAGGAGGUGGGAACUCCAGAUGUGCUCAUCCACGCCGGCAUCAGCAGAGCUGUUCGGGCCAAAGGGAUAAGGAAUAUCCCACACCAUGUCUGGGUGUGGUUGUCCAGGAAAUGUGACGAGGAUGAAGAUUCACCAGACAAGCUCUAUACAUUGGUCACCUACGUACCUGUCACCACCUUCAAAAAUCUACAUAGUUAAUGUGGAUGAGAAAUAACUGCUGAUUGUCAAAUAAAGUUAUAAAUCUUCCAAAAGUAGGAAGUACAGUCCUGUGCCACAUAACAUUGUAAUCAGUGGCAGACCACAUGUAUGGUGGUAGUCCCAUAAAACUAUAAUAGAGCUGAAAAAUUCCUGUCUCCCAGUGAUGCUGUAGCCAGCACAGCAUCAUAGUACAA